CUGAGGAACCGAAGAGAGCUCAAGAACCGACCGCUUUUUUUCCUUCUUCUUUCUUUUCUUUAGUUUGUCUCAAUGCUGUAGAAGAUCAGAGGAAAAGAAACAAACCAAAAAAAAAAAAAUCCUCUGUAACUGAGAGCACAAUGUUGGAAUUAAAUAAGGUGGCGCUCCUGCUGUCUUUCCUGGCCUCGGUGGCUCUGGGCCAAGGAUAUCAGUGGACCAGGAGCCAGUCAGACCAGAGCAGAAGAGUGGCCCUCAACACGUUUACCGACCCUCAGACAACAGGUGUGACUGAGUGGACGUCUUGGUUCAAUAUCGACCAUCCCGGGGGGAAUGGAGACUACGAGCGCCUGGAAGCCAUUCGUUUCUAUUACAGGGAGCGAGUCUGUGCGCGGCCUACAGCCAUGGAGGCUCGCACCACAGACUGGGUGGCAGCGGCAGAAACCGGGGAGGUGGUUCACUCCAGCCUGGAAAAGGGCUUCUGGUGCAUCAACAAGGAACAGCCACAAGGUCGCAUCUGCUCCAACUACCACGUCCGCUUUCAGUGUCCCCCAGUGCAGAGCUACUGGACUGACUGGAGUGAAUGGGGUCCCUGUUCAACCACGGUUUGCGACGACGUCGGCAUCCAGGUCCGCCAGAGGAAAUGUGUGAGCACUCAGCCCAUGCCCCUUCUGCUGGUGCCAGCAUGUCAGGGGCACCAUUCAGAGAGAAGGGAGUGCUCCAACCCUCCAUGUACAGCCAAGUGGAGUCCGUGGGGCCGCUGGGGUUCGUGUUCGGUGACCUGUGGUGGUGGACGCAGAAUUAGGAGGAGAACCUGUGUGAGAACCUCAGUGACAGUCCAUUGUAGGGGACGAGCUGUUGAAAUACAGAAGUGUGGAAAGAGCCCAUGCCCAGUGAAAUGCCAGCGUGUCUGCUCUGAAGGCCGUCCCAGUGAGGACUGCAGCCGCUGUGUCUGCGAAGGCCACGUGCUGCAUGGAGACGUCCACACUGUGACCGGUGUCCCCGUGGUGGGAGCAUCGGUGGCUCUGGCCAGCCAUCCGAAGGUCAUUCGUGCCCGUACUGAUGCCAGCGGUCACUUCAGGCUGGCAGGAAUCUGCUCCUCCAGCUCGACUCUGAUCUCCAUCAGGAAGGAGAAGUUUGUGCCGAUCACUGUCUCCACCUCCAGUAACACCACAGGGUUGUCGUGGUUACAGGCCGUCCUCAGAUCAGCUGAGAAGCCAUACAUUGUGAAGCACCCAGAGGACAAAGUGCGCUAUGAGGGAGGACGGGUGCUGUUGUGCUGCAAGGCAACGGGUUCACCAGCACCUGACAAAUACUACUGGUACCACAAUGGGACUCUGCUGGACAGGAAAGUGUACAAGUAUGAAGAGGAUCUUGUGCUGCGGGAUCUGAAACCAGAGCAGUCGGGACAGUAUUACUGCAAAACCAGCAGCCCUGUAGGCAGCAUCAAGUCAUCUGCAGCCGUCCUUACCGUUAUUGCCAAAGGAACACCAGCAUGUAAUUCUACCCCUGAGACGCACCUCAUCAGAGUACCGAUGGACUGUGUUCAACCCGGGACUGACUCCAAGUACUACAACGCUGGCCGCUGCCCUCACAACAAAUGUGCUGGUUCCCUUGACUUUGACAUGCGCUGCAGAGAUGGAACUGGAUUCUGCUGUGGGGUGCAAAAUAUGGAAAGUCGAGUCAUUGACUGCGGUAGCUAUAGCCUCCCCAUUCGGGCUGUGACACAGUGCAGUUGUCAGAAGUGUGUGGAGCCGACGCUGCUGGUUCGAGGUAGAGUGGUCACAGCUGACAAUGGUGAGCCACUGCGGUUUGGGCACAUCUACAUUGGUAAAGAGAGAGUGGGCACCACCGGAUACCAAGGAGGCUUCACGUUACAAAUUACUCCUGACACACAGAGGUUAGUGGUAAAUUUUGUUGACCCUACUGAGAAGUUUCUUGACACUCCGAAGGUGUUCAUCUUUGACAGGAAAGGUGGAUCCAUCUAUCAUGACGUGAAAGUAAUGAGAAAGCAGAAACCAAUUGAUAUCGAUGCGGGAGAGACCAAUUCUAUAAACCUUGGAGAAAUAAAAGGGGAAGACCCCAUAGGGCAGUUGGUGAUCCCUCCCAAUUCCUUCCACAAAGAUAAUGGAGAAAUCUAUGAGGGGACAGUGAAAGCCAGCGUCACAUUUAUUGACCCAAGAAACAUCACAACGGCAGCUGCAACGCCUGGUGAUCUCAACUUUGUGGAUGAUGAGGGUGACAUGCUCCCUCUGAGGACCUAUGGGAUGUUCUCUGUGGACUUCAGAGAUGAGACCAACAAGGAAGUUCUUGGCGCUGGAGCAGUCCAGGUUCUCCUCGACACACAACAUGUUAAAAUGCAAGAGCACAUUCCCAUAAUGAAACUGUGGUCUUUAAACCCGGACACAGGAGUCUGGGAAGAGGAGAGCAACUUCUCCUACAACACAACGACUUCUGGUGGUCAUGGGCGGAGCAAGCGUGAGGAGCGCACGUUCCUCAUUGGCAACAUGGAGAUCAGAGAACGAAGACUGUUCAAUUUAGAUGUGCCUGAAAGCAGACGCUGCUAUGUCAAAGUCCGUGCCUACAUGAGUGACAAGUUCUUACCUAGUGAGCAGCUGGAGGGUGUUGUGAUCAGCUUGAUAAACCUGGAACCAAAGCCUGGUUAUUCCUCUAAUCCCAGGGCAUGGGGCCGCUUUGACAGUGUCAUAACUGGGCCCAACGGAGCCUGUUUACCAGCUUUCUGUGAUGCCCAGAGGCCCGACGCUUACACAGCUUAUGUCACAGCAAUGAUGGGUGGGGAAGAGCUGGAGGCGGCUCCUUCAUCCCCAAAGAUGAAUCCAAACAUCAUCGGAGUGUCUCAGCCCUAUCUAGAUAAAAUAGACUACCAGCGUUCAGACCACGAGGAUCCAGCUCUGAAGAAAACAGCCUUCAAAAUCAACCUGGCAAAGCCUAACCAAAACAAUCUUGAUGAGACCAAUGGGCCAAUAUACCCAUACCAGAAUUUAAUAGCUUGCGAAAAUGCCCCCGUUGAUGCAAAUCAUUUUAGAUUUUUCCGAGUAGAAAAGGACAAGUAUGAAUACAACGUUGUCCCCUUUGAGGAGAACGAUUUGACGACCUGGACAGGAGACUACCUCUCCUGGUGGCCCAACCCCCAGGAGUUCAGAGCGUGCUUUAUCAAGGUCAAGAUUCAUGGGCAGAAGGAAGUGAUGGUCAGGUCAAGGAACCUUGGAGGAACACACCCAGAGACCAAGGACAAACUUUAUGGCAUCAGAGACAUACGCAGCACCCGGGACAUGCGAGAGGCAAACACUUCAGCAGCCUGUGUGGAGUUCAAAUGCAGUGGCAUGUUGUUUGAUCAAGCUGAGGUAGACAGAUCCCUCAUAUCCAUCCUUCCACAGGGGAACUGUCGCAAGAUCAACACCAACAGCCUCCUGCAAGAGUAUCUCAUUAAACAUCCACCAGUCGCUCAGAACAACGAGUCCCAUGCCUUCACCAUGCUAGCACCUGUUGAUCCUCUGGGACACAACUAUGGCAUCUACACAGUCACAGACCAGAACCCCAGAGUUGCCAAAGAGAUUGCUAUCGGGCGCUGCUUUGAUGGCACCUCUGACGGUUUCUCCAGAGAGAUGAAGUCGGACUCAGGAGUGGCACUGACCUUCAGUUGUCCAGAGAGGAAAAUUAACAGGGAGAGCCUUUUCCAGCGUCUGCAGACCAACCCAGGGCAGACGUUGUCUCAGAUGGCGAGGGACAUGAGGGAGUUGGAGGGUCUGCAGGUGCAGAGAUCAUCCACCCAGGUGGUGGCUUAUCCUUCCGAGCAGCAGGGCAGGACCCAGAGUCGCAGAGUUAGCUCCACAACCAGGAGGAGAAUGUCCACACGUGCACAGCAACGCCAGUAGAGGUGCCAAAAAGUCUUCAGUUGAAGCUGAUGUGAUGGCAUCUAUUCCGCAAAGUAAAAGUUGUCUGUCUGUUGAUGAGUGUGAAUUCCCUCUAGACUAUGAAAAUCACAAAACCAAGACAGACAGCAAUUCAGCAAAAUCAUCCAGCAUGAUUGAAGAUAUUCAUUAGUGUGAUGCUUACUUGAAGGGUUCGGUAUAUUAACGUCUUUCUUCCCUCCUAAAAAGACAAGCAUCAUUUGUCUUUAACUCAGUGACUGGCAUUUAUUUAAUUGGCUUUGGUGUAAUUUUAUGAAUGAACACACUAAAUUGACAGCUGAGAUUGUAACUUUUAUAGAGCUCAUUUGUAACAUUCCACUUUGCCCAUUGUGGGUGUUUUUUGCUGACAACUUUCAAUGCUUGAGUAGAAACCAAACGUUCCAAAAACUGUAAAUACUAUGGUAAGCCCCAAACACUUCAUAAUUGGCCAUUGCUUUCCACUGAACUCAUAUUUUUCCUCAAGAUCAGAAAGAAACCAACACGAGGUCCUUGUUGUCCACAGCAGACACUGAGCCCUUUUUCUACAAAGUGGGAAACUCUCUACACCAAAGAGAGGCACUCUAAAAAGAGACAGUGGGCUGAGGCAUGCCACCCAGGGAACAGAGGAUGUUUUCAGUCAAGCUUUCUCAAUGUUUUUUUAUUGACAUGUCUUGCUGCCAACUGUGAUUCAGUCAAACGUCCUUCCACACCUACUUAAAAUGUGCAAGACCGAAGUUGUCGCCAAGACAAACAGGGAUCUCACGACCAGCAGGCAGUCUAAAAAAAAAGAUAAUUGAUUGAGAGGUAUGACAUAAUUUCCCCUUUUUUUUCCUCCUGCACAUUCCAAAGUCGCACAUCACCAAACAAAACGUUACUCAAAACAAACACAGUAUUUCAGUUUCUCAGCAAGACACUCUUUCAGGGUCUAAACGAACUUUGUUUUAGUUGUUGGGUGGUGUGCUUGCAGGCUGCCUUUGUAUCUCGACGUGCAAUAACUAGAAUUAAACUUGAGAAUCAGUAAAAUCCAGCAUAACUAUCAUGAAAAGCACUGCUGGUUGAGUGAAACAAAAAACUCCUUCAGUAUAUGACGCAGGCAGUGUGGCUAAGGUGUUUUUUUACAAGAUCUUGCACAUAUUUUAUGUGAUUUUUCAGCAAAUAAUUCUGCUAUGUAAUCGUUCUUUCACUCUAAGUUUAUUAACAUUUUCAUACUUUGCUGCAUGACUCAGCCAAUUUUUACAAUUUGUACAUCACAAUAAUCUUUUUUAGCUUCGGAGUGCAAUCUUAUUACAGGGCUUAGAACUCUCAGCAGAGACUUUUUUUCCGUUAAUGAAACAAACUGCAUAAUUCUUUCCUGUAAGAAUUAAGAAGAAACACAUUUCUGGAUUUACUGGCCAGGUUUCUAUAAAUCCUAUCCAUGUGACAGAGUGAGGGACAAUAUACGACUAUUUGAACUGAAGUCAGUAAUAGGCCAAAAGUUCACUUUACGAUAGAAGCCCCCAAACAUAUUUAUCUGUAACACUGGCUCUUGUGGGCCCAUGGGAAAAAACUCUUCAAGCUGAAAUAAUCCGAAUCCAGAUAAGGGGCACUGAGGUCCUUGGGGAAACCAGGAGAGCCUGACAAGUAAAUAUAAGCCUGCUGCUAAUUAGAAAGCAAUUUACAUAUUCUUUCCUGGGCUGUUUGAUCCUGACUUUUGCAAAGAGUCAAAGUUUACAAGAAAACAAAGAUUGAACUUAAGGAACUAGCAAUAUAUUGGGCCGAAGAGUAUUGUGGUCUCACAUAUUUACCAUCAAAAUGCUACUCAGAUAUCAUGGUACAGUUAACUUUUGGAGAUGUUUUCAGAUCAGUCCACUUAUGCUUUGUUGCGUUUUUGUUUCUAACGUGCAACAGAUAGUCAUGUGUAAAUGAAAACCACACAUUGUACCCCCCACACUUGUACAUAGAAUGCAGAACGCUCCAAAAACAAAGAAAUAUAGAGUGACAGUCUGCGGCACCUUCACCAUUAUCACUGACCUUUCUAAUCACAGGCCUGUGCGCUGUCCAAGACUGUACACUUCAGAUCUCCAGACAAAAAACAAACAUCUCCCGGCAGCAUUUGCAGCAUCCACCCCGUAAGAAAGACGAUGAUCGACUCCAGGUGUAGGAAGAGAUAAGUCCUAUAAAAAAUGCGCGAGCGUAUGAGGUCAGCUGAGGAGGCCCAACAGAUGUAAGGAACUGAAGGAAAUGUUAGACCAAAGACAUCAGGAGAAAGAAAAGCAAGAUUAUCUUGUGAUGGAUUUAAUCAUUUUGGAGUGUUUGGUAAAAGGAAAGGGAAAAUAUUAGCGGUCUUUGGCUUCACAGUCCAUCACUUAGAGAAUCUUGGGCUUUCAAAGUGGUUGCACAUGGAAGAAUGCAGGUUUUCUUCCUAGAAUGCUUUGACAGGAGAAUUGACUUAUUCAUGAGGAGAAGUUAUCAGUGGAGUCUGAAGGACAAGGUAACAAUAAUAGCCUGAGUAAAGCAUUAUGUAAGGCUUUGCAUGGGAAAGCAGGCUGCGCUCUCCAAACAGUUACUUUGUCUUUGGGGAACUUCAAAGGAGAUUAAAGAACCUCAGAGAUGUUUGGUUUAAUGACUUAAAAAAAAAAAAAAGUUUCCAAAGUCUUUAAAAUCAAAAGAAAAAGAGACAAGUUUCAGCCAGAACAGAUAAAACACAUUGCAAAGAUUAAAUUCUAAUGGAAAAGAAAAUGUUUAUCUCAUUGAAUUUCUGUGGGAAGGGCAGUAGUAGUAGUAGUAGCAUCUUUUUUAAAGGUAGCAUCACAAAUAUGGCUUUAAUGGGGCUUAAUGUGUUUCUGUUUGACACUUUUAAAUGAAUAGUUCAACUUUUUGGAAAAUAUGCUACAAAAGAAAAUGCUUUCUUGCUUUUUUGUUUGAUGGAAAGAUCAAUAGAACUUUGAUUCCUGACUGUUAAGGAUGAGUCUUUUUCUUUUUUACACCUUAAUGUUUGCACAAAUUAAAUGAACAAAACAUACAUAUAAAGGUGCUUUUGUGCAAAGUUGGUUGGACACAGCUAAUUGAGGUGUUUCUCUUACGGCUGUAUAUAAUUGCCUUACAAAUAUAAGAGCGGCAUUAGUAUUCUCAUAUCCUAACUCUUGGCAAGAACGUGAAAAAGCAUAUUUCCCAAUAUGUGGAACUAAUCUUUUAUGGCUACAGUUUGCUUCUGGUACAGUUGUACUGAACUGAGUGAGUCUUGUGCUUGAAAGAUGGUUAUUUUCUUGGGUACUUUCCAUCCUGUUAGACCUGUUGGCUACAUUUGAGGUGUUUUGUGCCGACUGAAAUUUGAAAAAGGAAUCUGUGAAGCUGAUUUCUUUUCAAAAUACUUGACCUGAUUUUGCCUCUCUGUCACAGUAACGCUUACCGGCACUAUUUGACUUUAAAGCAGAAAAGCACAAAGUCUCGGAACUCCGCCAGAAACCUCCGACGAUUUUAACUCAAGCAUGAACCGAUUAAUCCAUUUUCUCUUCUCUACACAGUCCAGCUGGUCUCAGGGAGAUCGUAAUUUAUUCAGAAGGUCAUCCUUGAACCUUUCCACCACUUUCUGUAGUAUAUGGAGAGACGUGUACAUUUGCCACUGUGCCCCAGGAAGCAACCCUGAGUAGUAAAAGAAUGACAUAAAUGAACUCCUGGUAAUACUCUGUAGCGCUAACUAUUGCAUGGUGAUGCUCAUCGCUUCGUUUCUCUCAGAAUUAAGUUUUUAAUGUGUAAAUUGUGUAUUGUAUUAAAUCUGCUAUUAUUGUACGAACAAGAAACUGUAAAUAAAUGAUUUUGUGUAAACUUU